GAUGUCGACGUCAUUGUAUCUAAGACCAAGACGAUAAUUUAUUUAUAUCAUUGACUGUCGCUAAACAUAUUUUUCAGUACACGCUUAGUUGUUAUUAUGUCAAGUUAUAUAAUUACUUAUUAAUAAUAACGUGCUCGUUUAAUUUUUAAUAAAUAAAAUACACGUGUAAUACUAAUAGUCAUAAUAUUUAAUGUCUGUUCAUAGUCUUUUUGUACUGCAUAAACAAGCAAUCAAGAACUUUUUUUUUUUUACAAAAAGAUAAGGCGAACAAAUGGAUUUAAAACGCAACAGGCGAUUUUGACGUAUGAGUCAGUAUUAAAUAUGGUGGAUAAACAAAUUUUAUUUAUUUAUUUAUUCAAUAAUAAUGUUUAAAUAAUUAUUUUUUAAGCAAAAUAGUACGUAAUUAUUCGUAUUAUUUAUCGUAAUUAAUUUUUAUUAAUAUGGAUACAAAAUGUAUUUGCCGACUCUGUGGUAAACAAGUAUCAAAAACACUUAUUAAUAUUUUUGAUCCGGAUAAUAAUUUCGACAAGCAAAUAAAUGCACUACUGCCAGUUUAUGUCCACGAAGAUGAUUGUCUUCCAAAAUACAUGUGUAACGAUUGCCACGACAACGUGCUAAAAUUUCACAAAUUCUACCUGACAACUUUAGAAACAGACAUCGAAUUAAAAAGCCAACUUCCAUGGAUGCAGAAGCAAGUCGAGGAGACACACGACGGCAUUCCGAUGGUCCAGUACCUGAAUAGCAAGACUCUAGCGAUAGCGACAGAGUUAGAAAAUUACAACUGCUAUAGCACAAAACUUCCAGAGUUCGAUUUGAUAAAAACUAUAGAUUCAAAUCUAGUAUCAGUAAAUUCCUGUCCAUGCUCAUACUCGUGUUCAAGCUGCCUACAUAUUAACAUCGAGGAUCCUAAUGCUUUUGACUCGAAUAUCGACGAGCUUUCUGAUUCCAACAACGAGAUCGCGCUCGAUCCGCUGGCUCCAGAGAUACCGGUCGACAUCAAAAACCUUAGUCCUCCGAAUAAUGUUAUUUGUACCGAGAGCAAAGUCGAUGUUGCACCUCCCGACGUGAAACCAAUCGAGAGCUUUCAUCGGACUUUGAGACCUCGCCAGAAAUCAACCGAAUUACCUCCGAAAAAAUCGUCGCUCAAGUCUAAAGUACGUAAGGGCAAGAGAAAAGUCCAUUUUUCUAUAAAGUCAGUGAUACAAAAGAAUUCCAAGGAUAAAAAUUUGAAGAUUGAUAGCAAAGUAUGGCAAAGAGUUGAGAUUAAAACAGAGAGGCUGGAGAAGAAUUUUAAGUUUGAUGAUAAAAAUUUACGUAGAAAAAAUAAAACUGAAUCGCUGGAGAUAAAUAACAGUGUAGUAAAAAUUAAUGGAACAGUCAACUGUGACGAAUUGAAAUUAAAAAAUGAUCUUGAUAACGAAAUAAUAACGAAUCAUGGCCAUAUAAAUAAAUUAUUUGAACGCACUGAUAGUCUUAAUAAAACGAUUCUUAAUGAUAGUAUUAUUAAUAAUAAUAGCAAUGAUUUGACCGUAAAACCAAACUUAACGAAAAAACCGAUUAUUAUUAAGAAAGAAUGUAUGAAUGAGUUGAAUUUAAUGGAUGUUAGUGUUAAGUUAGAGAAAAUAAAUAUUAAGAAUGUAGACGAUAAACGAGAGUUAGAAAGGAUUAGACGACCGUCAGUUGAAGUUAAAAGUAUUUGUAAGGAAGCUAAAGCCGGUAGAAGAAAUUCAGCUGGCGGGAAAAAGCGUAAGAGAAAGAGAAAAAAACUUAACAAACAACUGACUAGUAAUAAGAAGAAUAAUGCUAAAGUAAAUAUUAAUAAUCUGUAUGAGACUCUUAAUUUAUCUUCGUCUUCCGGGAGGGUAGAGUGCGAUUUCUGUAAAAAAUCAUUUGCUACUCGGGAAGUAUUUAAUUUACAUUAUUGUUGUAAUACUUGAUUCACCGAGAUUAAUGAAUUAAUUUGUUGUUAAUUGUACGAAGCUUUAUUUGUUUGGAUAAAAAGUUAUUUUGAAUUGCAUUAAGUGCUUUCAAAGUUUAUUUUAAAGUUUCUCAAUGAAUUUUUUAUUUGAAUGUUUAAUUUAAUAUAAGGUAGACUUAUUUUUGUGUAUGAAAAUCAGAACGCAGGUGAUGAAAUAUAUAAUAGACGAGUAGAGCUCGAGUACGAUUACGUUGUUACGAAACAUGUUUUUGUACGUAACAUAACACCUAUUUUUUUACUUGGUUAUGUUUAUUAAAAAUAUUCAUUUUUAAAUUAAUAGUUAAUAAUUUAUACUUAUAAUGAGCUUUAGUAUAUUUCUGCUUUGUUUACUUGAUUUAAAUUUCUGUGAUGGAUAAUUUUUUCGUAUUGUUUUUAUUAUAACAUAAUAAAUAAAUGUUUCUAUUAAUUUGCAUAUGUAUCUAGUAAUAGUUAAGGAAUAAUUAUUUAUGCAUAUUUUUGAUAUCAUUGAUUACGAUAACAACUUGGUGAAUGUUAUAAAUUAACUUAUCGAACAAAUUAAAAGUAAUGUCAAGUUUUGGUAAUGUAUGUGAAGAGUCAUUUUGUAAUUUAACUGAUACAACCUUUGAACAAGUGUAUAAAAUUACCGAGGUAUAAUGUUCUACUCGCUACAUUAAAUUCUAUUAAUUUUUUACUUAA